UUUCGAACAGGCAAAGUUGGGUUGAUAUUGCUUUUUUUAAAAUAAAGCAGAAAAACAAAGUAUGUAAUGUCAAUUGCUCAAACAGAAGAUUUAAAAGCCUUUGAAAGGCGUUUAAUGGAGGUGAUAUCGCAGGUUGAACCAACUAGCAGACAAGCAAAAUAUAUUUUAAUUGUUUCAUUACUAUUCGUUCUCUAUACAUUCUGGAUGUUUCUUACCGACCCCCUAAUUUAUAAAGUAUCACUGCUUCAAUCUUUCAAAAAUCAUCCUCUUUUAAGCCUUUCUUUGUGCAUAUUCUUGAUUUUAUAUUUGAAAGGAUUUCAUCAUAGAAUGUAUGCACCUCAGAGUAUAGCUGCAGGAUGUCGUAACGUUUUAAAUGAUUUCAACAUGUCAUGUGAUGAUGCAGGAAAACUUAUUCUGAGGCCAUGCACUCAUUACAAAGGCUAGAUUGGUAGACUACAGAAUGCAAAAAAUAUUUUAAACAAUUACUAUAAUCUUAUAUGAAUGUUACAUAUAUUUUUUAAAUAAAUAUUUAUAUAAUUGACAUUUUUAUAAAAAUUUUAUUAAUUUUAAAUUAAAAUAUAUUAUAAAAUUAUAAUAAAAUAUAAAUUAGAUAUUUUCAAAUG